CAGACUGUGACUCGGUGCGUCUGAUUGAAGAAAGCCCUACGGAGGCCCUGAAGGACCAAAUCAACUUCAGAGACUCGGCGCUCAGCACACGCUUCGUCAACUACAUCAAGGGUCGGACAGCAGCAGACUUCGAGGAGCCUCUGAGGAUAGAGGAAGACUCACACUGGCCCACAGAACAAAUGUCAAAGCAUGAGAUGAUCCACCAGCUGAAGGAAGCCGUGGAGCUGCUGCAGGACCCCAGCAGAGCGGAGCAGGACGACGUGUCUGGAGUUCAGCUCUACCCCGUGGAGAUGGUCAAUGUGGAGGAGUCUCUCAAUGGGCAGGACAGCGAUGACGGCGGUGGCACACCGAAGCAUCACGACAGAUAUCCGGGCUGCGGACCUCCAUCUUUCUCCAGCCCUGUGUUCGGACUGAAGCCCCGCUCAGCCCCGCCCUCGCUGCCCUGCUCGCCUCCUACUUCCUGUCUCGCCCCCCCCCUUCUCUCGCAGGCCUCCCCCCUCCGUAGAGAUUCAGCGGGUCACGAUGGAGGCGUUCAGCGCGUGUUCCUGCGGAGCCACAAGAGUCUUGAAUCUGUCGACCCUCAGUUCACGAUGAGGAGGAAGAUGGAGCAGCUGAGAGAAGAGCUGGAGCUCACAGAGCAUCUGAGAGACAGCAUAGAGAGCCGUCUGAAGGUGGAUCUCCCUGAAGACCUGGGCUCCUCUCUGAUGGACGGAGUGGUGCUCUGUCAUCUGGCCAAUCAGAUCCGCCCGCGGUCUGUGGGCAGCAUCCACGUGCCCUCCCCUGCUGUGCCCAAACUCAGCAUGGCUAAGUGUCGGAGAAAUGUGGAGAACUUUCUGGACGCUUGCAGGAAAAUCGGGGUCCCACAGUCCUCCUUCUGCUCGCCCUAUGACAUCAUCCAGAGUCGCCUGCAGCCUCUCAGCGUCACGGUGCAGGCGCUGGUUUCCUUCGAUACUUCCUCUCCAGACAGGAAACAGGAAGUGGCGGUCCCAUCUAAGAGCCCAGCUCCCUCCUCCCCCUCAUUGGUGUCCGUCACCACUCAGACCCCGCCCCCUUCCUGGCAGAUCUGGGACCUGAUUGGCUCGAGUCUUCUUCACGUGCUCUGCCUCGUUCUGCUGUUCCUCGCCUACAGCUGGAGCGAGCUCACGUAACCGUGGACACAGACACUUCCUGUCAGCCCUGCCCACUUCCUGUCAGUCAUCUGAAAGUCCCGCCCACUUCUCGUCAGUCAUCUAAAAGUCUCGCCACUUCCUGUCAGUCAUCUGAAAGUCCCGCCCACUUACUGUCAGUCAUCUAAAAGACCCGCCCACUUCAUGUCAGUCAUCGGAAAGUCCCGCCCACUAACUGUCAAUAAUCUGAACGUCCCGCCCACUUCUUAUCAGUCAUCUGAAAGUCCCGCCCACUAACUGUCGGUCAUCUUAAAAGUCCCGCCCACUUACCGUCAGUCAUCUAAAAGUCCCGCCACUUCCUGUCAGUCAUCUGAAAGUCCCGCCCACUUACUGUCAGUCAUCUAAAAGUCCCGCCACUUCCUGUCAGUCAUCUAAAAGUCCCGCCACUUCCUGUCAGUCAUCUGAAAGUCCCGCCCACUUACUGUCAGUCAUCUAAAAGUGCCGCCUACUUACUUGUCAGACAUCAAGUAGACUCCGCCCACUUACUGUCAGUCAUCUAAAAGACCCGCCCACUUCAUGUCAGUCAUCGGAAAGUCCCGCCCACUUACUGUCAGUCAUCUAAAAGUCCCGCCCACUUACUGUCAGUCAUCUGAAAGUCACGCCCUCUUCAUGUCAGUCAUCUAAAAGUCCCGCCCACUAACUGUUAAUAAUCUGAACGUCCAGCCCACUUCUUAUCAGUCAUCUGAAAGUCCCGCCCACUAACUGUCGGUCAUCUUAAAGUCCAGCCCACUUACUGUCAGUCAACUGAAAGUCCCGCCCACUUCUUAUCAGUUAUCUGAAAGUCCCGCCCACUUACUGUUGAUCAUCUGAAAGUCCCGCCCCCUUACUGUCAGUCAUCUGUAAGUCCCGCCCACUUACUGUCAGUCAACUGAAAGUCCCGCCCACUUCUUAUCAGUCAUCUGAAAGUCCCGCCCACUUACUGUUGAUCAUCUGAAAGUCCCGCCCACUUACUGUCAGUCAUCUGUAAGUCCCGCCCACUUACUGUCGGUCAACUGAAAGUCCCGCCCACUUCGUAUAUUUUCACGUUUUUAUGCCGCUUUGUAAUGACACCAUCUUGCAUCUUCUUCUUCUGCUCUGCUGCAGAAUUAGCAUUUUGAUUUUACCAUGAAAAGCAACACGUUUUCUUGAAUUGUGUUAUAUAUAUAUAUACCUAUAGCUACUGUCCCAUGAAUUACAAAUAACACAUUUCUACCAAGAUGAUACAGAACAAAGUAAAACAAUCAGAAGUGGCGCAGACGUCCAAAAUGGCCGCCUAAUAUCCCCUGCAUCUUUGUGAUUAUUGGUUAAUAUUUUCUUUAGUGUCCCCGUAUUUCAGAGUAACUGGACUUUAUAAAACUCUGUGCACAAAGCAUGUUUUCUAUUGUGUGAUAAAGACAGAACGAGCACCUGGAAGCCAUAUAGAUUAUUAUAAUGGGUUUUAAUUUCAACAUUAAUUGUUAUUUUUAGACGUUUUCCCUGUGCUGUUUUGAAACUUAGAAAAUAUAGGAAAUGUAUUUAUUUAUUUUGUUAUGUAUUUUUAAAUGUAUUUUCUUGUUAAAUUAUAUUUUGUAUUUAUUAAUUUCAUUAUUUGUUUAUUAAUUAAUUAACUUAUUUAUUUGUUUAUUUAUUUACUUAUUUAUUUGUUAUUAAUAAUAAUUAAAAAAAAUGUAUUUAUUAAUUCUAAUCUUAGUUAUUUAUCUAUUAACGCAUUUAUUUAUUCGUGUUUUUAAAUGAAUGUAUUCAUUUCGUCCUGCAUUUCUUAUUUUCUAUCUCCUGAUAUGCAAUGUGAAAGAGUUAGACAUUUGAAGGGCUAUAGACUCUAGAUUUAUGAAGUUAUAUAUAUAUAUUAUCUGUUUAUCUUAGCGCUCUGUUUGUGAUAUUGAGAGGGAUGUAAACAUGCACAGAAACUGAACACAGACACAAACCAGUGUAAGAUAAAAACAAAAUGCACUUAAAAUGUUAAUUUCUGUUAAUUAUAGACGUGGUUAUUUAGGUUUCUGUGAAUGACUUCUGGCAGAACAUUUACAUUACUGUUUCUGUGAUGAUGUGAAUGGAUUAUUUCUUAGACUUGUGUACGAUAUGUGACCGUUAAAGACCGAGGAAAUAAAUGCAGUUUAGGGA